UUUCUUUUUUUUGCCAGAAACUGUAAAAAGGAACUUGAAGUCACUCACAUCUAAGUGAGAGCUUCUGUGUUCUGUGUCUGAGAUGCAUUCUCGCUGCUUUGGUGGAGUGGCUGGGAGAGGGUGCUUGGUAUUGACAUUCACAUGAACGUAUCAAAUAUCUCUCUGGGCUACAGAAUUAUCUGAUAUUGCCACAACAAGUGGCUUGGAGGUAUUUGUCUGUAUCACUCUGGUCCUUUUAUAUUCUGACUGUUGAAUGAAAGGAGCAGACAACUAAGACUUCUCUUUGAAAAGGAGAAGUCCAUUAUCGGCAUCGCUGAAGCUCCGAAGACCUUUUCCCACAGAAGAUAGUCACCAGAUAUAUUAACAAGUACUACGAACUGCUGAUUGCAUAACACCAUGUUAAGCACUGUGCUGGGCAUUGGGCCAGAGUAGUGACCAAGACAAACAUGGAGCCACCUAACUGCAAGGAAGCCACAUGCUCAGACCUUAACUGUGAGGAAAUGUCCUUCAGAUUCGGCCAGCAUCUCAUCAAGCCCUCUGUGGUGUUUCUCAAAACAGAACUGUCGUUUGCCCUUGUGAACAGGAAGCCUGUGGUACCAGGACAUGUCCUCGUGUGUCCUCUUCGGCCAGUGGAGCGUUUCCGAGACCUGCGUCCUGAUGAAGUGGCCGAUUUGUUUCAGGCAACCCAGAGAGUUGGGACGGUGGUGGAGAAGCAUUUCCAGGGGACUUCUCUCACCUUUUCCAUUCAGGAUGGCCCGGAAGCUGGACAAACUGUGAAGCACGUUCACAUCCACGUUCUUCCAAGGAAGGCUGGAGACUUUGACAGGAAUGACAGCAUCUAUGAGGAGCUCCAGAAACAUGACAAAGAGGAGGAGGACUCCCCAGCCUUGUGGAGAUCGGAGGAGGACAUGGCAGCAGAAGCUGCAGCGCUGCGGGCCUACUUUCAAUGACUCAGGCAUGAAAGUAACUCGAACAAAUCCCAAGGCAUAAGGAAAUGGGCCUCGUUCUCUAGGACUCUGCGGCAUUGGAAAUGGAGCUAAGCAGACUUUAUUACAUCCUACAAUUCUGCAACCUUUUGCGAAGCAUUUUAUUACACUUGUGGAAGCCAUCGGGGUUAUGUUUCAAUCACGUUGACUGACAGGCUAACUUCAAAACAACGGCAUCGACAGCCCUUCCACACUUCCUUGGCUAUGUACUUAGAACAGAACCUUUUCUAAAUUGUCCCUCGGCCUGGAUGGAAAUAAAAUA